AUGGCAAACAGAACCUCCAAGCUUGGCUCUGGUUCUUUGCUACAGGGAAAGAAAGCUGUCUAUCAAAUUUGCGGCCUAUUCAGCAAGAACAACCAACAUGUGUGGCCUGCUUUUGCUAUGCAAAGCAGACAGCCGGUUGUCAUCAAGCAAGCCCUCCCAGGUCAACUUCAAAAUGAGAUCGAGGCACUUCGACUCUGUCAGGGAAGUCCGUAUGUCCGCCAAUUGAUUGACACCACUGAAUCCCCUCCCACAAUGGUCCUGGAACACCUAGAUACAAGUUUAUUUUCAGCUUCACGUCAUUGCCAACUCGACAAGACCGACUUGAAGCAGGCCAUCAAAGCCUCGUUGCAUGGACUCUCACUUCUACACGGGUUUGGUCGAAUUCAUAGUGACAUCAAACCAGACAACAUCCUGGCCAAUCGUGGCGCAGAAGGUUCAUCUCGUUUCAAAGACAUCAAACUUUGCGAUCUGGGCGACUCGAUUAUUCAAGAUGCCUCUCGGGGUCCACAACGCUUUGUAACUGGUACAGCAGUCUACAGAGCCCCUGAAGUCAUUCUACAAGCACCUCCUACAACUUCACUGGACAUUUGGGCUCUGGGUGCAACUGCCUUGUAUUUCCUCGUUGGCGACCACCUUUUUGCACCGAAACCACACAGUCGAGAUGACAAGAUGGUCAACCGCAAAGUCCUCCAAUGCCAGAUGCAGUGUUUCGGCCCAUUUCCAGACCAAUUCGUCGACAUUUUGCCUGCUGAAUCCCAAGCAGAGCUCCAAGAGCUGUACAACUCGAGAGAAUUCUACCCCAACCGAUGGCCGGAUGCAUUGGCAAGUGUAUUGGAUCCUGAAGAUGAGGACUUCAUUCGAAUGUUACUGAAGCCUGACCCACGAGAUCGACCAGCAGCUGCUGAAGCACUUCAACACACAUGGUUGACAGUUCUACCCUUUAUUUACGCCUAA